GUUUACCACCGAUUCAGUGGUGGUGUUGCCAGUGUACCUCCGAAACAAUAUUCUCUGGAGGCUCGUCGAGUGUUUUUCGGAACCAGACGGUUUUGCGCCUUCCUCGUCCAAUGUAUCGAAUCUGAAACAUUUCGUGCACAGCAGCAGCUAUUGCCAAGUGAUCCGCGGAGAUGGGGAACACCAGCAGCGGGAAACGGGAGAGGACUUUCUCCAACGAAGCUCCUUGUUCCCCUGGGAAAGAGGAUCGAGCGCUGGAGUUCAACACCAAACGUUUCCAGGCUCAAAACUCUCUGGACGAGAAUGAAAAAUUCCUUAACAGCCUCCGUCAGAAUGAGGAUUUCAUGCGUCCGAGAGCCUCGACCGUUUCCAGCUCGACGCCGUCAGCGCCGAUGUCAACAGGCACGGGCAAGAACGGCGUUUUGCCAACCGUUUUCAAGUGGGAAGGGGGAAGAGAUGUUGCUAUCUGUGGGACAUUCACCCAAUGGAAACCGAUCCCUAUGGUGAAGAGCCACGGUGAUUUCGUGAUAAUUCUUGACGUUCCCGAAGGAGAGCAUGAGUACAAGUUUAAAGUGGACGGAAACUGGCACUGCGACGAAGGGGAACCUCAGGUCGAUACCGAAGGCACAAAGAAGAACGUCAUCAAGGUGAAACAAUCGGAUUUCGAAGUGUUCGAGGCUUUGGCGGUCGAUUCACUCGCCACUCAGUCAGCCAACGUGGUAUCUGGAUCCCCGACUGGAGACUACACGCAAGAUAUUCCAACGAAGUCCGUUCAAGAGCAGACUACGUCUAGCAAACAACAGGGGCCUCCGAUAUUACCCCCGCAUUUACUACAGGUUAUUUUGAACAAGGAUAUUCCGCUUUCGUGCGAACCAACUCUGCUUCCGGAACCCAAUCAUGUGAUGCUCAACCAUCUUUAUGCUCUGUCAAUCAAAGAUGGAGUCAUGGUAUUGUCAGCGACUCAUCGUUACCGCAAGAAAUAUGUAACCACUCUUUUGUACAAACCAAUCUGAGACAGCCCAAAACCUCGACUCGCAGCCGUCGAUCCCACGACUCUCCAAGCCUUUCCGAGAAUACAGCUGUACGGAAGAUGAGCGUUUCUCCGAGGCGGAACAAAUUUUCCGGCGUGAUGCACAACGUGCGUGCGAAUAUUUUGCUCUACACUGCACGACGACCGUCGAUCGGACAAUUUCGCCCCCAUCGCGUAUGUGGAUUAUUCGGCAGCUGCAAUGGUUUCCGUCACCGUCGGUGUCGUCGACGAGGAGGGGGCUCGAUGUUGAGGGAUUGUUAUGGGAACGCUUUGUACAUACAUAGAAGCGUCACAGUCGCGAUUAUUAUUUACAUACACACAAUCCGAGAUUCAGAAAUUCGACCCUCUCUUAGAUAAGCCCGGUAUUGAUAUCUACAAGACAUGAACCCGCGAUAUUUCCCGCUGAACUCUUGAAGGCUGAUGGACUGACGACAGACUUUCCAUUUUUCACCGAAUACAUGUGCGACGUGUGGCUUGUGUCGAGAAGUCCCUGCGCGUCUAACCGGAGGAGCAUUCAAGUUACCAUCAACCAUCAACUGAUGUCGUAUCACGAUUCCGAGAGGAGUUGUCGCGACUGCCGACGCGUUUUUGUGACUUCCUCGGACGGGGUGCUAGAUUCGAGUGCAACGAUCGAUGGAUGUUCGGUCACAAAAUCAGUUGUCUUGUAAGGCACUAAUAUAUGUUGGCCGGGGCGCCCCAUGGGGGCUGAGCGUUAGUUGCGAAGUUGAGCAUGCGUGUGAUUCUGCCGCACCCAUCUCGUGCGCAGAAAAAAAUUCCCCGACGUGGUAUCGGAAAGAAAUCCUUUAAACUUUACUUGAUUACUGAUUUAUCAUUAUUCGGAAGUCAUGGUCGUUGUUGGCAUGAGUGAAUACCGUUGAGUUUCUCUUUUUUGGUAUGCUCUAGAUUAUUCCAGAUUGACGCCAAGAAAAACACACAAUAAAUACUAGAUCUGAUUUCUGAGAA